AUGUACUACUUGACCUUUUUCAAACAUUUCGGUAGUCUAGAAGAAGUUAAAUUUACAGAAAAACGUAGCCUCACCAUUCUUGUUCUAGGUAAAGGGCACUGGAAGGAAUGCGGUCGAACCGAACGAUUGCAAAACACCCUCAAUCCUGAAUGGGCUACACCCUUGCGAAUUGAGUAUUUCUUUGAAGAGAAACAAUCGAUGAAGUUCGAAGUUUAUGAUAUUGACUCCGACUCUCCCGAACUCUCCGCUCAUGACUUCCUUGGACGGAUGGAAUGUGAUCUUGCCGAAAUUGUCUCAAAUCGCCCCUUUGUUAAACAGCUCAGUGGUCUCAAAGGCUACUGUGGUGAGAUAACCAUUUGGAGCGAAGAGAUUGACGAAGGCUCUAAGGAAAACAUCGAAUUUCAUCUCAGUGCAAGAAAACUUGACAAGAAAGAUUUCUUUGGGAAAUCAGAUCCAUUUCUCAACAUUUAUCGAUUAGAGGAUGAUGGCAGCCGAAUCCUGGUGUAUCGAACGGAAGCUAUCAUGAAGGAGCUGAAUCCCACAUGGAAGCCUUUCGAAGUUAAUUCAAAGUUACUUUGUCAUGGCGAUCGAGACAAAUCAUUUCUCAUAGAAUGCUUUGACUGGGAGCGUGAUGGCAGUUUAAGUCACGACUUUAUUGGAAGCUGUGAAGUUUCGCUAAACCAGUUGUUAGCAAAAAAUGCAGUGAAGUCAAUACCGUUGAUAAAUGAGAAGAAGCAAGCGAAGAAGGGCGCAAAGUACAAAAACUCGGGAACGUUGGAGUUCGACGGGGUGCAGGUCCUGAAGCAGCACACAUUCCUGGACUACAUCGCAGGAGGUAAGUAUAAUCGUGAAACUCAGAAUUUCGAUGCUAACCCGUCCGUUGUUGGAUUACCCGGUGUAAUGGAGGUUUAUCGAUUCGCUCUUAAUCGAGUGAAGCUUUAUGGACCAACCAAUUUUGCGCCAGUAAUCAAGGAAGUUGCCAAGAAAGCCGCUAGAUUCAAAUUGGAUGGUGCCAGAUAUCAGGUACUUCUGAUCAUCACAGAUGGUGCCAUAUCGGACUUGGCAGCUACGAAAGCAGCAAUUAUAGCUGUAAGAUCUCACUUUUUUCGAAGAAAUUUUUGUAGUCGUCUUUUAUUUGAUUUAUCCGCGCCCUUAUGUACUCACCUGCUGAAUUCAUAAAU